GGUUGUUCCAUGACCAUUGCUUCCUUAAUUCGAAAAAGGAACGAGAUAAUCAAACAUCAAGAACAUCGAUGGAGCCGCCACCUCCGCCCACACCUAAAUCUUUCCGUGCUCCGCAGGGCCCGGUACGCUCAAAAACUAGCACUGCAGCUGAAGCAUUGACAGUGACUGAUUCAAAAGACUUGACCUCAGCUGGCUCAUCCUUUUUGGAUGAGCCAUUGACAACAACAAACACUUCUGAGUUCUCUGUGAUGGGGGAGUUGCAAGAUGGUGUUGAUGGUGUUGAUGGCGUUGUUAUCUAUAAGCGGCCUAACUUUUCAGCCUCACAGAUCGAGCCUACACAACCAACACAAAUAGCCGAUAUGGGUCUGGAUGACUUGGGUGAGGACGAGAGCAGGAGAGUGGUUGUAAGUUUGGAAAGCCAUGGGGCGACCAUGGGUGUUGAUCUGACUCUUGAAAAGGAUGUUUAUAUAUUUGGAACAUCAUCAUGGGACUGUGAUCAUAUUAUUGCUCAUAAACAUUGGAAAAAGGAACAUGGCCCUGUUGAUGGCGAACCUGGGCCACAGAAACCCUGCCAAUGGUUCAAGAUUUACUUGGAACCAAGUAAAAGUUCAGUAGGAGCAAUUAAAGUAUACAUUGAGGAUGUCAGUCCAUUGGGUAUUUCUGUACAAGGAAGGAAGCUAGAGAAGAACAAGCGCAGGCUGCUGCAAUGGAACGAUAAGAUUGAGGCAAGAUACAAUGGCGACGAGUUGUUUCACUAUAUUUACAAGGAUUCCAACAAUAAUCAGCACGAUGAAUUGAUCCAAGGAGAAAAAGGAGAAUAUAUACUUGAUAAUACAGCUUUUGGAGAAGGAGCGCGCUCUUUGGUCCGUAAAGCUCAAGAUAUUAAGGAUAACAAAUUGUAUGCGUGUAAGAUCAUUGAUGCUAUUGCCCUUAAACUCUCUCCGAAGGAUCGAGAGAGCAUUGCGUUUGAGAUUGAGAUGCUCAAGAAAAUUGACCACAAAAACAUUGUACGGUUCCAUGAUGUUACUCAGAAGCAAUACAAGACUUAUAUUUUCACAGAGCUCAUUGACGGUGAAACGCUGCAUGACUACUAUCGUUCCACCCCUUAUAUCUCGGAACUGGAGGCGCGAAAAAUUUUCGCCCAAGUGUGUGAAGCUGUGAGGUAUCUACACGGAGAAAAUAUUGUUCAUCGGGACAUCAAGUCAGAGAAUAUAAUGAUUUCGACCACGCCUGAAAAGCACAUAACGCUUAUCGACUUUGGUCUUGCUCGCUCUUAUACUCAGUCCAUGUUGCGGACAUUAUGCGGGACACCAGCUUACAUGGCUCCUGAGACUGCAUUUGGAAACGGUGUGAAUGGAUAUGGGCCAGCUGUUGAUAUUUGGGCUUUGGGUGUCCUGCUUUUCCGGAUGGUAUUCGGGCGAUAUCCAUUUGAAAAGUCAGAUUGCAGUGACGACUCUGGACAGAGUUCACAAACUCCAAAAGACCUAUCUGAAGGCAAUGUUACAACCGGCGCUCACGGCCAACAAGGGCCAUCGCACACGCGCCCUCUGACAAACAUGGUCGGAGUGGAAAGUAAAGAUACCCAGGUCAAAUACAAAGACACAGAGCAUGUGAAUUAUUCCAACGACUGGCAUCGUUAUAUUAACACUUCAAACUCUGAUAGACGAAGCACUGAAGGUCUGCUUCAUAUUAUCAUAGCACGCAUGCCUCUGUUAAUCAAUCCUGUCAUAACACUUAUCCUAUUUACUAUCCUUUUUCUUAAUACUCAAACUUUAGUAAUCCGUCUUCUUGAACGAAUGUUGGUCGUGGAUCCAACUAGACGUAUUCCAAUCAGAACCGUACUUGAAGAUGAUUGGAUGCGCAUGAUAGAUAAGGAGCUCCAAAAGUUUGAUGAUGCUUCAAAACACCAAUCAAUUUUACUACCACCUGGCUUGUCAGGUGCAUCUAGUUCUACUUCAUCGUUGCAACGGCGAGGAGCCGCCCCAUGGGGCGAAUUGACCAUUGUUCCGGGUAGCAUUCUUGAUGCGCCUCGACGAAUCGAACUUACUAAGGACAGACUUCUCAUUGGUCGUGCCCCUCAUUUGGACAUUUCACUCGGAAGCAACCAAUAUCUGAGUUCUCUCCAAUGCCAUAUUCAUAAAUCAGAUGGAGGCGUCAUGAUCUCAGACUUAAGUCAUAAUGGAACAUACAUCAAUAAUUUGAAAAUGGAGCCAAAUAUGGCAACUCAAAUAUUUACUGGUGAUGAACUUGGUUUUCUCGUCCCUCCGGAUGACCCAGCAACGUUAGCAAGAUCGGAUGCGUGGUACAAACGUUCACUCAAGUACAAGUUUACAAACUAUACCAUGAAAGCCCCACCACCGGAGAUCUUGAUGACACGACGAUUUACCGAAGUCGAGUUCAUUUCAUUGCCCAAGAUCCCUGUCAAGUCGCUGUCAACAUUGGAGCGCCGCAAAUAUGCACCUGAAACCAGCGUUAGAUGGGGAUCCCUAGUCCCUCUUAAUGACCAUACCACGAGAUAUGAAUUGACAAGCGACGUAACAAGGAUUGGACGUGAUCAACAAUGCGAGCUGGUUGUCAACAACGUGGCAGUUGGUAGAGAACACUGUAGGAUCGAAUAUAGCGAAGACGAGAACACGGCAUAUCUUAUAAACGUUUGCGCGAAUGGUACAAUUGUCAAUAACCGUCCAAUUUCUGGCCGAUUUCAACUGCGAGAUGGAGAUACUAUCGAGAUUACGAAAAUACCUUCAAAUAACAAUCCUGACGCAGAUAAUCGGGUGGGAUACAAGUUUCUUCUUCGAGAAUUUGCAGAUGGCCGUUUAAUGAAGCGUUUGAAAUUGUAACUACGAACAGAGAAAACAUAAAUUGGUUAUUUGGACAAUAUAUCUACGCGAACCUUAAAAGUUUAAACAAUUACGACUAUUAUUAAGCAAUGAAUUAAAGGAAGCUAAGAACAAGGGGAAAAGGAAAACCGUUACAGAUUAAGUCAAAAGGAAUGAUUC